GGCGGCGGCCCCCAGCCGGGGGAAGCGGCGUGCCCUCGUUCUGUCUUCCAGCUCCUUCGUUCUCCUUUCCUCCCCCCACCUGCUGUCCUGGGAGGAUGAGUUCGGGAUCAACAGCGGGGUCUCAGUUUGAGCUGAGGCCUCUGGAACAAAAGCUCGUGGGGGCAUCUUCUUCUUCUCUGUCUGGGGAAUAGCUCCUCUGUCUUCUCAAAGGCAGUUGUUCGGUGCAAAUUUAGACGUGCAGUAGCUUGAAAGGCCCUCAACAGGACAGGCAGACUGGAGGAACCCGGUGGUGGUGGUGUAUAGCUGCGGCAGCAGCGGCGGUGCUGAGGUUCGGGGUAUUGGGGCGGUUGUUCUCACUCUUGCAGCAGUAGGCGCAAUGUGGUUUCCCUGUCUUGAGAUGAUCAAGGUGAGAAUGAAAAUUGUACGAGAAGUGUGGCAAAGGCCCUCGAAGAGACUUGUGAGAGAACGGACAUCAGUGUUAAAUAAUUGGUGUGGUGCGGUUUGUCACAGGCAUGGGAAGUUACUGGUUGUCUUGUGAGCGGAGUCACCUUGCUGUGUUUGGGGGGGGCUGUGGAGGAGGCGAAUCUCACUGAGAGGUAGGCUUUCAGGAAGCGGAUUCCAGUGGUCAGUGGGGUCCCCCCCAUCUAUAACAGGCAUUUUGUUUUCCUCUCUUAAUGGUGAGCUUUAGCAAAGAUCGGAGAGAAGACCGCUGACAGUCACAAUGGAAACAGCGGUUCUGCUUUUACCGUCUGUCUGGGCCCUCUGUAAUCUCAUUUCUGGAACAGAAGAAGUUAUAUCAGAGUCCAGCACUAAGUUUGUCUCAGUGAGGAAUGACUGGGUGGACACAAGCCAUUUCUUAGGCCCUCUGUUACUGUAUCCUGGGCACUCUUUGAUGUGCUCAGCAGAUUGUAUAGUUCUCAACAGGUUCAGCUGAGAAAGGCAUAAGGUGUCCAUAUGUCACAGGAGUCUGCAGGAGGAGAGGAAACUUGGGGAGGCUGUGCUGGUGAGCAGGAAAUGCCUGUGUUAUCAGCAGGUAACAGUAGCUUAGCAAGAGGUGGAAAGAAGAGGAAACAAUCCACACAAUAAUGGAGGAAGGGAAAAAAUGGCAGCAGGGAAGAUGAAAUGGGCUAUAGAGACAGCACAGAAAAGGUAAAUUGUAUUCUAGGGGGUAAAAAGAAUGAAAAAAAUAAUUGGGAAAUUUAAAGUGUUGAGGGAGACUGUGAGAAACAAGGAAAGUAAGGUAAUCCUGUCUUUUAAUAGGUAUUUUGGUGGAGAACCCAUCAGCACAGAUUUUGAGGAUCAUGAGCUCUCCUUGCGUGGAGGCUGUGGAUGGGACCAGCCACUUUGGAGCAGGAAGCCAGCAACCUUUUCACACAUGCAGCUGCCAAAUCUGCUGUCCAGAAGUGAACACCUGCUGGGACCAUUCACUUGUGCCUCAAAACAGGCUUAUUUUUUAUGCUGAUGUCAAAUGAUGUUUUUAUCUAUGCGAGUGGCUAAUUCAGUCUCCUACAAAUAGAUAGUAGGGUGUAUUUCAUGGACUGAUACUACUGUGGGGAAAGUGCUUUCCACACUAGGUUUUGGGUUGUCAAGUCUGAUCUGGUAUCCUGUUACCAGUAUUGAAAUAUUUUAUCAGUGGAAGCUCUGCAUGCUUUCGCUUUGUCUGAUUUAUACCAAAUCUCUUUUCUAAUCCUUUGCUAGAUGUUGCAUCUUUUUAUAUGGUGUCUUUGUCUAUUUCACUGACAUCUUGUCAGCCUUUGUUAUUUAACAAUACUGUUUUGGAAUUGCAGCCCAAUGGAGUAUUGUAGUGCAAGUGAUGGUGUCUUGUCAGUCUUUGUGAAAUGUUAGAGUAGCUUCCACAUCAUUCUUCUUUACCUUUAAUGCCUUCUUUUCCCCUUUGACUGUCCUUGCUCAGAGUCUUUCAUUUGUCUGUCUGGUGAUGCUUUGAGUACCCAGUGAUACUCAAAUAUUGCCCUAUAUAGUGAUUAGUUGCUCUAUACCCCAGUAACUUGUAUAACUAGCACAAAUUUUUCUUAUAGUGCAGAAGUCUAAAGGUGUCUGAAUUUGAACGGUGUGGUGGCAAAUUCUUUGGUCUAAGUCCUAGAAUUUACUGGUUUUCUUCAGUCCGUGCGAAACCCAACAGCCUGAUUACUUCAAGUUGCUGAGCUGCUUGGCACUCAGCUCUUACCUGAAUGCAAGCACAGUUCUUUGGUCUGAAGGGGAUUUCAUGUUCUGGGCAAGCAGGUAAUAAGUUAUUGUACAAGGGUGACGUGGUGAAAAAUGGAGAACCUGAGGGAGAUCAGAAAGGGUGACAGUCAUCCCUAAGAAGAUCGGGGGCAAGGGUGUUUGCAGGAGUCCAAGCAAGAGAGGAUAUCAGACUGCAGUAAGAAAAGGGGGAAGGGUGUUUUGGGGAAACAGUGUAAUGAAAUAGUGCUGUAUUCAUAUUUCCUUUGUCCCUUGUGUGGCAAACUAGUGUUCCCAUAACCUUCCUCAGAGGACUAAAGAGUGUUGACAGAUCAGAACUCCUGUGUGUUCAGAACAAGCAAAAAGAAAAUGUUUCUUGAGGCAGCGCUUGGAUGUGCUUAUCACAUCUUCUGGAUGAUGUGAGUAGAUUCUGAAGCAGAAAGCCUUGGUUAUUGCAAGGAUGAGAGUGACUGGGAUGAUGAGUCCACGCUCUGAGCCAAUGUGACUGACCUCAUGUUGCUUCCUGAAUAUGGCAGCACAUUUGGGCAGAGCAUGGAGAAACUUUGUGUCAUGGGGCAGUGUCCAACAGAAAAUUCCAGAAGACUAUCUUGUGCAUUCAUCAGCACUUUGGGUAGAAUUGAUUUUGUUGUUUCUUGUGUUGUUUGUGUUGGUUUUCUAGUCAGCGGUCAGAGGAGAGAAGGAAUAUUUUAUAACACUGUGGGGACCUCACAGCAGGGCUAGAAUAUGAAACUGCUCUUUGGUGUUGUGGGGUUUUGUUCUUCCUGCAGUGAAUCAGACUAUAAGCUAUUCCUAUUGGUAAGUGAGACCGUGAAGACUGAAUGUCUGGAUUUUGGUUGUUUAUAGGUCUCUUGGGUGCUGAGGAGGCUUUGCUAUGGGAAUUGCUUCGUUGCAGACUGAGCAGAGCUAUGGUGAAUGUGCAGUGCAGAGAGACUGUCUCUGAGUCUUAACAGACAGACUGAACUGGCCACGUGGUUUUCCUGCACCUUCUGGCUGGUCUAAUGCCAUGAGGGAUGUGAUGAUACCCAUUUAAAGGCAAUGGGGCAAGAACAGCCUAUUAAAGUGCCAGGACUGAGAGGCGACCCCUCGGAAUUUGCAAUGCAGCCAAAAUAUAGCCCAGUGCAGAGCUCAUACUGCUCUUUGUACCAGGCAAAAACUUUGAACUGGUCUUGUGUGUUCUGUUGAGUGGAAAGAGAAGCAAAGACACAUUGGAGAGAGGGGCAGACUAUUCUAGUGCUAAAGACAGCAGCAAUUAAUGAGGCAGAAAUCAAAGGCUGUAAGAUGCAGUGGCUUCUUUCUGCAAUGCAGUUGGAUGGCACCACUGUACUCAUGUCACUGUCUCAGACUCUGAGACAUUCUUCUUGGUGGAGUUUGAGGGUGGGGAGUGCCUUGAGAAGCUGUUCAGUUCAGGUGUGUCCUGCACUCUAUUCCAGAUCAAUCUCACAUGUCUUUUGAGGAACGACUGCAGGCGCAGAGUGGUAAGAGAAUGAAAACGUGCAAGCAGGUGACCGGCGGGAAGAAAACUGCAAAACCUACCAGAGCUAUGGUGAAGCAACAACAAGGCAAAAAGGGGCCAUUGGAGAUGUCUGCCAAAAAGCCUGUACCUUUUCUGCGACAAGUCGUCUCUGUUAAAAAGAAGGUCCACAGAGACCCUCGAUUUGAUGACCUGUCUGGGGAAUAUAAGCCUGAAAUAUUUAUGAAGACCUACAGCUUCCUGGACAGCAUCAAGAAGCAGGAGAAGGAGAUGAUUCAGAAGCAGCUGAAAAAAUGCCGGAACAUGGAGCAGAAGGAGAAACUCCAGCAGCUCCUGAACCGCAUGACACAGCAAGAACAGGCACAGAAAAAACAGCAGAAACUGAGGGAGAGGGAGCUGUCUUUGAAGAAACAACAGAGGGAAUUGGCCAAGCAGGGGAAGAAACCCUUCUUCCUAAAGAAAUCUGAGAAGCAGAAAUUGGAGCUGGCUGAGAAGUAUGCAGAGCUGAAGAGGAGUGGAAAGCUGGAGAGCUUCCUGAACAAGAAGAGGAAGAGGAAUGCCAUCAAAGACAAGCGCCAUCUGCCCUCACAAAAGAACUUGUGACUACUGGACAGACAUGCUGUUGUCUGGCGCUGGAACUCACUCUGCCCUGGCCAGAACUGAAAGAUGGCCAUCCCUCUUCCUAGUAUCUGCCUUUUACUGUACAGCGAUGCUGAACUGAAGGCAAUAAUAGUGUGUUUUGUAGCUGAAA